CUUCCGGUUCAGAGUUCGACAAGAUGGCGGCGUCCAAGCCUCUGCUUUGAGAGCUGGGGAGUCGGAGAGCGGUGAAGGUAUAAAAUUGGAAGAGGAAAGUCAUGGUGCAUCUUUCUCCAGCCUUGCUGAAAUAUUACCACCGAGGGUUUGUGUGCAUCCGGCUGGCUCUGGGCGGCUGCACCAAUCGCCCGUUCUACAAGAUCGUCGCUGCGCACAACAAGCGGGCCCGGGAUGGCAAGUACCUGGAGCAGCUGGGCUCAUAUGACCCCAUGCCCAACGUCUUCAAUGAGAAGUUGGUCAGUUUGAAUUUGGACAGGAUCAUGUAUUGGCUGGGCUGUGGCGCACAAAUGACAAAGCCAGUCGCCAAGCUGCUAGGCCUGUCUGGCUUUUUCCCUCUGCACCCCAUGACAGUGACCAACCAAGAAAGAUUCCACCGGGCACAAGCACUGAAAGCAGAGGCUGCAUCGAAAGAAGAGCCUGUGAAUGCUUCGGAGGAUGAGCAACCAGCUGCCUAGGGGCUGGGGUCAACGAUUGUCUCCUGCAGAUGGACGGUUACAGACAGCAGUGUUUAAUUGAGUGUUGUCUGCAACAAAAUGAAUUCAACCUGUAUCUAUAGAAGCAAGAAGUGUUGUCAUAGGGAUUAUUCCCAGUGGACUAAGAAUUGCACAUUAAAGCCAGUGUCUUCUAAUAUUGUGUAUUUCCCAGUAUUUCAUUAGAAUAUUAUAAGAAUGCCCCGACACAUGCAAGAUGGGAGUGGCAUGUCGUGUUGAUAUCGUAACAGUUGGCUGUUUAUUUCAGUUCAUCUGAGCACAAUGGAACCCUUUUCCACUCAAUGUUACCUAAUUGAAGUGGUUGUUCUUUUGAAUUUUAACUCUACUUCCAGCCUCUGCUGAUAUUAAGGGAUUGUUCUGGACCAUUCUGUUGCAGGGUAACUUUGAAUGACAUAAUCUUGCCGUGCGGAAAUCUGCUCUUUUGGCUCAGGAGGUCAACACACAAACCGCUGGAGGAGAUCAACAUCCUCGGGCAGCGUCUAUGGAAAUGAAUAAACUGUUGACAUUUGGGGCCGAGACCCUUCAGCAAGACUGGAAAGGAAUGGGGAAGAUGCCAGAAUAAGAAGGUGGGGGGAGGGGAAGAAGGACAACUAGAAGGCGACUCGGAGAUGUUGGAUUCUAAUAUUUUAAUCCAAGCUUCUUUUAGAAGUCAGGAAAAAUGCACAAAACUUGUUUCACAAUCAUACUGUUAAGUGUUGAUAGAACAGAGGAAAGUUAGACAGUGUCGAGGUCAAUUAGUGAAGAGGAAGCUAAGAUUAAAGACUAAGAAGAUUACGAUGGCACUGUUUUGUGGUUAGCUGUUUUAUACCCAAAGAGAUGAAGAAAAUUUCAUUCAGAAGUAUAGAUAAGAAGUAACCUAUGAGAAUGUGCUUAUUCUAUAUUGUAGUACCAAGUUAACCAUUGGGAAAGCACUUACUCAAGUAAUGCAGAAC